AUGGCUACACGACCAGCCCUCUUCACCAGGGGCCUCUCCGGCCUCGCCCAGAGCUCCGAUCCCGACUCCCCCGCCGUAGCCUCGCCUGCCGAGAAGCGCGACGAUGCGAAGCGCAACUUCCUCAAGACCAUGAGGCCUCUGCCUACCCAACACUACUGGAACGUCUACUUUGACAGACAAGCCAAAGAGCGCAAAGAUGACCAAGAAUACCAGGCCCAGCUCGAGCAGCUCGGCACCCAGAUCGAAUCCGUCCAGGACUUCUGGAGGUACAACAACAACACCCCCGUCGACCAGAUCAAGAUGCGCGAAUCCAUCUACCUCUUCAAGCAGGGUUUCCGUCCCAUCUGGGAGGACCGCCGCAACAUCAACGGCGGCUCAUGGACCUUCCGCGUGCCGAAGGCUAUCGGCCCCGAUGUGUGGACCCGCGUGCAGCUCCUUGCUAUUGGCGAGAAGUUUGAGAGUGUGCUAGACGCUGGCGACCAACUCUGCGGCGUCGGUCUCUCCGUCCGCUUCAACUCCCACAACAUCACCAUCUGGCAUCGCGACUCCUCCAAGCAAAAGUCCAUCGACGGCAUCCUCGCCUGCGUCCUCGAGGAGCUGCCCCCCGAGCUCCGUCCCAAGCCCGACAACUACUUCUACAAGAAGCACGCCGAUCACCCCGGGUUCAAGGCCCCUCCCGAGCUGCAGGCCGUGCUCGAUUCGCAGAAGAGGAAUGCUGAGAGGGAGGCUGCUGCUGCUGCUACUGCUGCUGCUGCCGCGGCGGCGAAGGAGAAGGAGGCGGAUGCUUAG